CGUUCUAGCAGACGACGCCCAUAUCACUCAUGAUCUCUCCCGGUUGGUGGCGUUGUGUGAAAUAGUAGCAGUAUUCAGACACCCUACACGGCCUUCCCUCGGAGGCCAUAAUGGCAGAUAAUGGUACGGAUGCUUCGCGCGCGACAUCGCCGAUAGCGGAAGGGCGGUGCCACGAGCUGGAUCUGGAGACUCCAGACAAGCUGUACCUGACAAAAGGAGACAUGUCUCAUCCACGCUCGUACCGCUCUUUACCGGGAGCGAAAGCUUCCAAGUUCUUACCGGACGAUAAGAACGAAGCACUGGCGAGUGCAUGUACCGAUAGGAAAUGGAAGAUCUUAGCACUUGGAGUGGCAGAAGUGUACAAACCAGGCCCCAGCGGGCACGAUACAUGGAGAAAAGAGCACUGUGGUGUUAUAUAUUUUAUCAAAGAUUUUGCUGAGAAAGCGUACUUCAUCAGGGUGUUCGAUUUUGGCAAAAAUGAUUUUGUUUUGGAGCAGAAGCUUUCUCGCAGGAUCUGCUACAAAGCGCCGCUAAGUUAUUUUCACAUGUUUGAAGCUGACAAUUGCGAAGUAGGCCUUAAAUUUGCAUAUGAAGAGGAAGCUCAAAGCUUUCAUGCUUCUGUUAAGGAAAAACUGGAGUCCGGAGAGACCGGAAGAGACCGGAAACAAGAAGGGAUUUCACGUAUACAAAACGGAGAGCCGCUGAAACUUCGACCCGGAAGUGCUUCCUCCUCUCACCUUUCCUCCUCGUCUGUCAAACCGACACAACCUAUAGAGCGAAGGGCUACCAAGGAAGACAUUGGUUUACCCAUGGACUUCAAGCACGUUCAACACGUGGGAUGGGAUCCUACCAAAGGAUUUGAUCUCCACAAUGUGGUGGACAUAGACCUGAAAAAUUUCUUAAAACUAGCCGAGGCCUCUGCGAAAGACCUUGAAGAUGCCUCAAUACGAGACUUUAAUGGUUUCAUAGAAAAGAACGGAGGCAUCAGUGUCCUCGAGGACGCCUCCAAUCCACCGGCGCCACCACAAGUUCCAAGCAGAGAAGUGACCCAAUCGUCCCGAAGUUACCCGCCCCCUCCAAGCAGCAGACCUGCACGACCGACACCUGCAAUCCGAAGAGUGCGAUUAAGACAACAGCCGUCCAGUGUGCCACUCGGUAAUGGUACAGUAAUGGGCAGUCCAUCUCCACCACCUCCCCUACCACCAGGGGAACUGGGGGUGGGCAUAGGGGCUCCUCCACCACCUCCCCUACCACCAGGGGAACUGGGGGUGGGCAAAGGGGCUCCUCCACCACCACCAGGGGGACUGGGGGUGGGCAUAGGGGCUCCUCCACCACCUCCAGGGGGACUGGGGGUGGGAAAAGGGGCUCCUCCCCCUCCACCACCUGCAGGGGGACUGGGGGUGGGCAUAGGGGCUCCUCCACCACCACCAGGGGGACUGGGGGUGGGAAAAGGGGCUCCUCCCCCUCCACCACCUCCAGGGGGACUGGGGGUGGGCAUAGGGGCUCCUCCACCACCACCAGGGGAACUGGGGGUGGGCAUAGGGGCUCCUCCACCACCACCAGGGGGGCUGGGGGUGGGAAAAGGGGCUCCUCCCCCUCCACCACCUCCAGGGGGACUGGGGGUGGACAUAGGGGCUCCUCCACCACCACCAGGGGGACUGGGGGUGGGCAUAGGGGCUCCUCCACCACCACCAGGGGUACUGGGGGUGGGAAAAGGGGCUCCUCCCCCUCCACUACCUCCAGGGGGACUGGGGGUGGGCAUAGGGGCUCCUCCACCACCACCAGGGGGACUGGGGGUGGGCACCUCCACCACCACCCGGGGGACUGGGGGUGGGAAAGAGGGCUCCUCCACCUCCACCACCACCUCCUCUUCCUCCUCCUCCGAUCCUCCGAUGGACUUUGGCGCCUCACGAAUGAAUGGAGGUGGAGCCUCAAACCCGCGUGUGUAG